AUGACGGCGCAGAUACUCGCCUCAGAGCUUGGAAACCUUAUACAAGAGAGUAAAAGAAAGCAUACAGAUCUCAGAAAUGCCGCAGAGAAGAGUUUAGAUGAGAUUAAAGGUCUACGAUCAACAUCUGAAGCCCAAAUAGCUGCAGAUCUUACUCAACGACCCAACUUCGUAACACCUUUCCUCAUUGCCUGCGGGACCAAAAAUGUCAAGUUUACCGGAAUCGCGGUCGUUUGUCUUCAGAGGUUGGUUGUGUCACGUGCACUUCCUAGAUCAAGACUAAGAGAAGUGUUGGAGGCAUUGAGAGAAGCUACAUCGGCUGGUCUUGAUGUACAGCUGAAGAUCCUCCAGGCGUUGCCAUCGCUUUUGCAGAAUUAUGCAGAUGAAUUGAAGGGGGAGCUCUUAGCUGCAGCCCUAAAUAUCUGUACAAUUCUUCAGGCAAGUAAGAAUGGGAUUGUUCUUAACACAGCCGCUGCUACCCUUCAGCAGUUAGUUGUGUCUGUAUUCGAUAAGGUUGUAACAGAGGACAAAAUUGCCUUAGAAGUGCCUACUAUUGGUGAAGCUCCAACUGAAGAUGGAGUUAUCCAAGUACGUACUGCGGCCUUGGAUGCUUAUAGAGUUUUCAACGACAUAUGCUUGUUGACUGAAGCCCAAAAGCCUCAGUUUUUAAAGUCUACAGGUCUCCCGCAAACCUUCGGGCUGGAGUUGAUCGAAUCGGUCUUGACUAAUCAUGCCGACAUAUUCUUGUCACAUCCUGAGCAAGCAAAUAUACUUCGAGUCCGAGUUAUGCCAUUCAUCAUCAGUGCACUCUCAGAGAAAUUGAACUUUGCAGUGACUGUAAGAAUUACCAGAAUCUUGUACACACUUCUCAGACGACAUUUGAGUAUACUCUCAUCCGAGGGUGAAAUGGCGCUAGGUUUACUCACCCACAUGCUUGACCAUGAUACUGCUCUGUGGAAGCGAUCACUUUGUAUGGAGGUAAUAAGAGGUAUUUUUGCCGAGGCAGCUCUCAUCAGGAAAAUAUUUGCUAUGUACGAUGCCCGAGAGGAGAAGAAAAAUAUUCUGCGAGACCUUGUUGCAGCUUUUGUUAGAGUAAGCACGGAAAAGCCUGCCGUUAUUGGUCUUGGUCAUCAGUCUACUAUUCCAGUUGCCAGCCAGGGUGGUACUUCAGAUCAAGCAAUGCUUGAGGCUAGUGGAGUUCCUGGUAUCAUCAGCAGCACUGUGAGUACGAGCGAGCCAAGCGCUGGAGUGAGUGCGCAAUGGAGCACGAUGAGGGUACCGUGCAUUGAUCAACUAGACAAGACGGAUGCACCAUCGAUUCCCGAAUCUUACAUUUACAGCCUCACUCUUUCCUGCAUUAGUGGGUUUUCUGAAGGACUUGCAAAAUUUAUACUGCCCCUGACGGUACCAGAGCGGCCUCGAAAAAAAGGGCCAAGGCAAUCUGAAAUUGAGUCAAAAGUUUCGGAUUCUCGUCCUGGUACCCCUGAUAUCAAACCAACCGAGAGAAAUUCGUCUUACAAAAAGAAUCCCAUCCCUAUUAAUCCAUUAACUCUCGAAGAUCAUCAUCUAUAUCAAGAGGUCAAGAUCUGCGCCGGCAUUGUCGACGAAUGCUGGCCUGCAAUUUUGGCGACCUGUUCAACCUUUCUUUAUGCAGCGCUAGAUCAGGAAUACUACCAUGGCUUGGUCAGAUCAUUUCAGAAGUUUACUCAUGUGGCAGGACUUCUACGGCUUGCGACGCCUCGAGAUGCCUUUCUGACAACUCUAGGAAAGGCGGCAGUGCCGCCCAACGUCUUGACAGCCACCACAACUCAGGUUCAGAGCCCAACGACGCCUACAGUAGACGGAUCUUCUAGCUCGAGCAUUUUCAAUAACGCAAGAGGUCUAUUAAGUGUUGACAGCUUGGUGAGUAAUCCGGAACGGAAUAAGCAUGUGCCAGUUGAUGCAUCCAGUUCUUCUCUCAACACGCGCAAUUUACUCUGCCUUCGCGCAUUAUUGAAUUUAGGAAUCGCUUUAGGACCAACCCUCGAUUCGGCAUGGGUGAUUGUUCUUGGAACAUUGCAACAAGCUGAUCUGGUAAUAUUUUCGAGCGCCAAAUCCGUCAGAACUCCCACCACACAAAGACCCGAAAGCCAUGAUGUUAAUAAUACCUCUGCAUUGUUGGCGAAUUUCGGCACCGAAAUUAAAGCAGUUGAAAUCGCUGCUACAAGAUUGCUUGAAAGUACCAUCGACUUCCCGAAUGAGCCGUUCGUGGCGGUGGUUUCAGCCCUCUGUGAUUUGUUCAGCAAAGAAGAGAUCCUCAAUACACCAGAAAAGCCAGCAUCUUUUAAUCCACCAUCGCCUGAAGCAAGGAGACCUUCGUACGCCCAUAAAAGAGCCCAUAGUAUCGUCACGGUACCAUCUACUCAGAAUCAAGAGGAUCUCUUUGCGUUAGCUAAGCUGGGCGAUAUCGCCAGCAUCAAUAUUGAUAGAUUAACGACAUAUGAGCCUGAUAUCAGUGGAUGGCAGAUAUUGACAUCUGAAUUGAUUUCCGCCUCUUGUUCUCCCACAGCAACACCUUCCGUCAGAUUAAGAGCUGCAGAGAUUCUGGUUAGAAUUGUGAUUGAAGCCGCCACUUCUACACUUGCAGACACCGAGGCUCGACGCGGUGUCGUCCAAAUCUUGCUACUUCAAGCAUUGAGUAGUGCCCUGUACCCACUUCAAGUGGAAGAGAGACAAGUCACCGUGGCUAUACAUUCAACGGACGUCGAAGUUCACAAGACCAUUCUUGAAGGCCUCAAAAGUUUCUUAGAGCAAUGUGGGGAAAAGCUAGUCAGUGGUUGGGACAUCGCAUUUGAGAUCAUCGUCAGUGUCUUUAUGAAGUUCGAUCCCAACGCAAAGAUAACCGCUACUCGAUCUGCUAAACUGGUCCGAUCUGCCUUCAAUUCUCUCCAGCUCAUUUGUUCCGACUUUCUUUCGUCCUUACCAAACUUUUGCUUUCUGAUACUCGUCGAUACCCUUUAUCAUUUUUGCACACAAGAUGAUGAUCUCAACAUAUCACUAACGACCGUUACCUUCUUUUGGGUACUGUCGGAUUUCAUUUCUGGCAGAACCAGGUCAUUUUCACUUAGUCCCGAUCUUAUCGAAGAUUCAACCGAGGAGGCACUGGUAGUAAAGGCAUCUGGUGAUGAUCGUGCUGUCUCGGAUGCAGCUUUAUGGAUGCUUCUCUUACUACGACUUACAUCCGUUACGGCAGAUGAAAGGCUAGAGCUUAGAAAUAGCGCAAUUCAGACAUUGCUAAGAAUUUUCGAUGCAUACGGAGAUCAACUCAGUGCAGUAGCUUGGUCUGUGUGCCUGAAAUCGGUCAUUUUCAGAUUAUUGUCUUCAAUAGAGGCACAUCUGCAGUCUAUUACCGACCCUGAGCUUACUGUACCUGAGAAAGACAAGACAGGAUGGAAUGAAACUACUGUCGUGGUUUUAAGCGGCAUUACCAAUCUACUAGCCGACUAUUUAGAUGUUCUUACUGACCAUUCCACGUUCGAAAGCUCUUGGGAAACUCUUUUAGAACAUUUCAAAACUAUGCUAGCGUUUAGGAUUCUUGACAUUAAUACAGCUGUCUUCAAGGCUUUACAGCAAAUUCUUUCACGAGGAAAUAUUAAGGAGGCCACACAGACAAACUUUACCCGGACUUCAAUUGACAUGGCAUGGAGUCUCUGGUCUGAUUCGUUGCCUUCAGUCAGAAUUGAUGUGAAAGACAAACGUGUUGACAACCAAGAUUACCUGGUAGCCUACGUGUCUGCCCUUCGUGAGAUAUAUCGUCUCGUGGAAAAAGAUCUUGAUGUAAAUCGAGUCAAACGGAUGCUUACCCUACUACGGGAAGCUAUACAACAAGCGAGUGCUUCUACCUAUUCCGCAGAUAUCGAGUACUUGACACCAUUACAAUCUCAGGUAUUGGAAUCACUCAAGAUGAUUCGCACGGAUAUUGGGGGAGUUCCUGCUACCUUGAUUAGCCAGGUUGCUGAAUUCGUAGCGUUGGCUUUCGUGCCAAAAUAUAGUACAUCCAACGUUCAGAGGCCAACAUACGUGGCUUUGUCUAAAGCUUCAAUGGUGUUAUCCGAGAAGCUCAUUCUAUCGCAUUCCUCGGAACCAGACAUCUACAUCAGCGGUGCGGUGUCUUCUUCUUUAGCCGCCCUUGCCAACCCAAUUGUUAUGAAGUACUCAUUCCCUAUAAUUUCGAAGAGUAUAUCACCUUGGCGCCAGGCAACAAUGUCAUCACUCGCAAUUCUUGGUGCCAUUCUACCAAUAAUGCCAACUAUUACCUUGAAUGACGAAGCCAUCCGAUCUAUAUGGACGUCGAUAGUGAGUAUAGCCAUCGGAGUUAUUUCUGCAGAUUGUGGUAUUGCCGCAGAAUUAGUCGAUAUCAAAGAUGACCAGGAAUUCGAUAUCACAUCAUUCCUAGCCUUGCGCGAACUCAUCACCCCCGCCCUAGGCUCACAAGUCAUACCAGAUCUAACCCGUCGCACUUAUACCGAAUCACUCUUCCACACGUCCAUCAUCCACCCCGCACAAUCCAGCGAGCUUCCACAGCCCAGCCAGGAACUACUAGCCAAUUUGUAUCAAGUCCGCAAAGGUCGCACCGUCGAUCCCACCCCCUCUCCUCGUACAAAGAUGAGCUACGUCUGCUUCGAUGAACUUAUCUCCCUCGUCGCUCUCCACGAUGGCUCUACGUCGCGCAUUCAGCUCGCUCAAGCAGCCGCGCCAUACCUAAUUCUCAGAUCGGGCCUCACUCUUCGAGCAUACAUUGCUGACCAGCCACUGCGUGGUCGUAUGCCGCAGCCAUUAUCUCAACGCAAGGAACUAUUGUACAUUCUCAAGAAGCUUGUAGGGUUGAAAUGUGAGGCAGAGGCAAUUCCAGAUACGCCGGGUGUGGAGAGCGAGGGAAAGAAACAUCUGCAUCGAUUGUAUCCGUUGUUUGUGAAGGCUAUGGGUGCGGCGGCGAGGGAUCAGGAGGUCUUGGAGUGGAUUGGGAAGGCUUUGGAGGAGGUGGGCAUGGAUUUUGGGCUCUAA